GUGAACAUAACGAGCAAGCAAACAGCCGCAGAAGACUGAGAUCGAGAUCACAAGGAGAGCUGGAGCAAGUGACAAGCUUAAUGAAAAUUAUUGCAUGAGUUGUGGAUAAUCUGCAAAAAUUUAAAGAACAACAUUUGUGCUUGUUCACAGAUACAGGAAACCAAGGAAACGUUACAAGAUCAAAGGGGUUGGAGUUAUCUUCGAGCUGUUGCUGAAGUCUACUGAGAAGGAUCCCGAAUCAAUAUUGGCAACUGCAAACUUGCUAGCAAGGUGUCCCCCAGUUCGUUGCUGUAUAAAGGUUCGUUUGGAUCAUGCCCAGGCGCCCUCCCUGUUCGAGUGCGGUUCAAGCAGCAAAUGCUUUCGUCAACGUCUUCAUUGCCGAGAGCGAUUCUGAUGACCAUAUUUUGCCUAAGAAUGGGUCAUACUCGCCAUUUCACGGUUUUAGUAGAAUGUUACCACAACAUGCUAGUGUGAGGGAUGGAGGAACGGGAGUGGAUGGUAUUUCGCGUGCGGGACUCAACAAAAUUGUUGGCAACACGUUUAAUGAAGGAAUGAGAAAGCCUUCACGAAAUGGAAAUCCCGGCGAAUUGGGAAGCGUUGCCGCCCACAAACUUGCGAGGCAUUUUUUGAGAGCUAGAUGGAGGAAUCCUGACGACUCGCAAGACCUCGUGGUCCUCCAACAAAUGUUUUGUAUGAUGCAACCGCAUCAAGUAGCAAACUGUGUCUUGGUUUUGCGGGAGUUCUCCAAAUGGCGACCCGGACCAGCGGGAAGGGGAGGCGAUAGAGCAAGUGGGAAGCUGGGCGAGUCGCGGAAAUUGAAGCUUGAAGAUGAAAUGCGAUGUGUCAAACAAAAGAUUGAAGAUGCGCGAGACAAAGAUUUGUGCGAAGAAGAUGAAGACGACAAUAGCGACGCAUUUUCAAUGAGAAGCACAGUUGUGAACGUGCAACGUGUACAGGAAUCUGAUGUAAGCUCAAACAAGAAAACAUCGUGUGGAGCUUCCAGUGAAAUUCCCCAAUUCCCGGGAUUAUUGACACAUGCAACAAGUGUACAGGAGAUUUUGAAUCAGAGUUCAAUGAACGCAGCUGCCGAGCAUUUGACAAAUCACAAGCUUUCGAGUGCAGAUAUCCUCAACACAUUAUUCCUUCAGGUUGCAGCUUCAAGAGUCUCACAAACUCAUGUGUCAUCGGGAAACGCGGGGCCGCUGAACGGAGUUUUCCCAUCGACCAUGGGGAUUCCGAAUUCGUUUGUUAAUGACACGCUGGCCUUGGACAAACACGGGUUUUCCAUGUCACCUCCCAUGGGGCUUAAUCAAUUGUGGAAUCAUCAAGUCGAGUCUUCACAGUCGUCUAAACUGGACACAGAGGGUCAUCGUAUGUUAAGCAACUUAGGACGAUCUCAGGGACCAAUUCUGCCUCCUUUGAAGCAAGUCCUGCUUGAGUCUGCGAUCAAAUCGACCUAAACCUUAAUAAUUUUCUUUGAAUUAAUUGUCAUGGCAUUUUUGUACUGCAACCAUGUAAACUUAUUUGAAAUCUUCCAUGCGAGUAAUUUUAUAUAUAUCACUCACGGGUUGUCAUAAUGCCAUCCCACCCGCACCUCAUCAAAUGAGCAAGUUUUGGUGAUCCUGUGCUAGCCAGUUCUGCGGGCGAUUUCUGUUUCCACGCUUGAGGCAUGUUAGGAAUUAGAUGUUAAAAGAAUAAGCACUUACCACCACGAGUUCAGUGCCAUGAAAGCUGACUGAUCUUGGAACGUGUCUUCUAGCCUGUAACUCCGUGUCAAUGGAAAGGUCAAUGGAAACGAUUCACACUACGAAUAACAAUUAUAAGUGAAUGCAUCCCAUUCAUCAAACAAAACUGCAUAUCAUCAAUACAGGAAAGUAGGAAUUUCUUGAAUCUCAAACGAAGAAAUUGCAAGCCACUAUUGAGACGUUUCAAAAACAAUCAUCGUCCUGAUUAGCCAUUCUUCAUUCAAUUAUCAGAAGCAACUAUCGCAGUGUAGCAGAAUCCAGAUAUAUCGAUACAACUUAUAAAGUAGUAGCUCACAGAACGACAUGCCAAAGCGAUUGAAAUUGCAAGAAUUCAAUGAUCAAACAUCAAUUGUUUCAGACAAAGAGGCAGAAAGCACAAAGAUAAGCAAGCAGAAGAAGAUGAAACAAAAAAAAAAGAACUUGGUCGUACAUCGUUCAAUGCCUCCUUCAGCGCCAUCGGCGGUUUGUUCGCCGCCCAUAACUGCUGCAUGUCUCCUCGCUUUGGC